CCAUACGUACAGACGUUUUGUUGUUUUGCCGACAUAAAAAUGGCGCCCGGACCCGCGUAAUUUACAGACUUAAUUUAGGUAAUUCAUUUUUUAAGCACCAUUUUUCACACCUUUUAGUGUUUUUGGGAAGUAGCAUACGGCCAACACUGAAAAAGACGAAGAGAUGAGAGAAGCUGAAUGUUUGCAUGCUUCUAAUGCUCAGUGAAAGGACACUGCGGCCUAGCUAUUACGAAAGCACCGGUCUAUCCCUAGACGAUUAUCCCUGCAAGACGAGCCUGCUCACGGUAGGGAGUGUUCGAGUGCUGGAACUGCCAAGGACGCCGGGUGGUCAUGUUAACGGCAGAGAGGGGGUCAGCAUCCUGCUUCCAUGCUGCCCGUGGCAUCUUAGAUAAGUCAGUGUACUGAGUGGCAAUGGCUUUUGAGGAAAUCAAGAGUAAAGGAGAAAUGGAUGUUGGGAUGGAGGGAGAGAGGGGUCUUGUCGCUGGUCGUAGCCAGAGAGAGAAGCGGAGGUCGUACAAAGAUCUUCUACGGGAGGAGGAGGAGAUUGCAGCUCAGGUCCGCAAGUCUUCCAAAAAACGCCCAAAGGAUUCAGAGAUAUUCAUGCUGUCAGGAGACUCUCACAAAAAGAAGAAGAAACAUAGUGAUGAGUACUAUUACAGAGACCAUGAUGGCUUGGGCCCACCCCUCCACAAAAAGAAGCACAAAUCUGCAGACCGCUCUCCAACUCUCUCUUCCCCCUCAUCCUCCCACCCAGCAGAUACAGCUAUGGGCCUUCUGCAAGCUAUCACAUCUCCCCUUGCCACAGGAUCAGACCCCGGUCCCCACUUACACAAAAAACCUUCCUAUCCAUCCUUUUCCUCACACUCCUCAAAAGACCGCAAGCGGGAGGGCAGCAGCAGUGGAAGCAAAGGUAGCCACUCCUUUUCUCACUCCCGCCCUAUGUCUUCAUCGUUAUCUUCCUCCAAGAAGCACUCCUCAUCCUCCUCCAAGUCAUCUCUAUUCCACGGCGGCGCUCCCAAAGAGGAGCCUCUAACAUUACGUGAGGCUGACGGACUAAAAAUGAAACUGAUCAUGUCACCAAAGAAAGAGGAAGAUGAUACCCUCCCGGUAUCCCCCCACUUAUCCAAAGUAAAGAAGGACAAGGAUCAAGAUCGGAUGCCGAUGUCAAAGUCACCCAAGAAGAAACAGCAACAUAGUCGAGAUCCUCUGCCGGUUGUGGGGAAAGAGGUGGAAGUGGAAGGUCAUUAUGGAGGAGGCAUGGGAGAUGACAGCUCUUCGUCGGGAGGAGAGCUGGAGGCGGGUGAACUAGUUAUAGAUGACUCGUAUACACAUUUGUCAAAAAAGAAGAAGAAGAGCAAAAAAAGCAAAAAGAAAAAGGACAAAGAGAAAGACAGAGACAAGGACAAGAGUGGGAAGGACAAGAAGCACGGCAAAGACUCAUCAAGGAGCCAUAGCAACAUCCAUCCCAUCGUCCCUCAUGGUGCUGUUGGUCCAAUGUACACGAAGGGGGGACCCAUCCCUCACCACCACAGUCAAGGCAGUGAUGGAACGACGGAGAAGAAGAAGAAGAAAGAGGAGAAAGAUAGAGAGAAGAGUGAGAAAGAUAAAGACAAGCCCAAGAAGAAGAGUGCAUCAGCAUAUCAGGUGUUUUGCAAGGAGUACAGGGUUAACAUAACUGCUGAACAGCCGGGACUAGUUUUUGGUGAGCUAAGCAAAAAGUUGGCAGAGGUUUGGAAGAGGAUGCCCGAGAAAGACAAGCUGUUUUGGAGGCAGAAAGCUCAGUAUCUGCAGCACAAACAGAACAAGGCUGAGGCUACCACAGUUAAACACAAGAGCUCCAGCAAAAGCAAAGGUAUGGUGUCCCAAACCAACAGGGCACCGGUCACUGUGCCUCUUUCCCCAGCACGUGUCCCUGAGGUUGAUCCCAUCGAUGCAGCUGCUCACCUGCAGCUGCUCGGAGAGUCCUUGUCCCUGAUUGGCCACCGGCUCCAGGAAACAGAGGGGAUGGUGGCAGUGUCUGGGAGCUUGUCUGUGCUUCUUGAUUCCAUCUUGUGUGCCCUCGGGCCUCUGACCUGUCUCACAGCUCAAAUACCACAGUUAAAUGGAUGUCCCCGAAAUGUCCUGUCAAACACGCUGGACAACAUUGCCUACAUCAUGCCUGGGUUGUGAAUGGAGGACCACAAGCAAGCAAGAGGGAAUUUGCUUUCACAGAUCGAAUGGGAAUGGUUCUUAAGAAAAAGAGCCUUUGGACUUUUAGAAGCCACUGCCUGGACACUUCUGAAAAAUAUUUUUAGACUUUUUAAAAUAUGUUUUUUAGACCUUGUUAUUACAUGAAUGUUUUCAUUGUUGUACUUUAAAAAAACAUUUUAAUUAAUCUCAGACUAGUUUCAUUGUUACUGUACAGUGUGAAUUUAUGUGAAACUUUCUUUUUUAUGCCAAAUGUGUGUGUAGAUGCUUUUGUACAUGUCUGCUUUGUUUUUUUUGUAAAGAAACACAGCAAUGUUUACUCCUCAUUAACAUAAGGUAAUAUAUUUGCCGUUUGCCUAUUUUUUCCCUUAGAAGAUUGUUGGAAAAAAUGUCAGACCUUGCUGUUUCAUGCAUUUGUGACAGCGUGCAUUAGAGCAACAAUGAUUCCUAUUAGAAAAGGUAAUUUAAUAGC